AUGCCGUCUUCGGAAUGGCCGACUCAAACCGAUCCGCUGGUACACGAAACUGAGCUCGACCAAAAGUCUCACGUUCUCAGUCAUCUCAUGCGAUCGGUCGAACCCUGGGAUCUCGCCUCGCGAUAUUCCUCGUGGACAAAAUUGAUUCGCAUCACCGCGUAUGUAAUGCGGUACAUUCAUCGCUUGCGUCAUCCCAUCGUAUUACAUCAGAGAUUCAAAACCAAUUCAGCCGCAUUGACCGCUGACGAAUGCCAGAAAGCAAAAGAAUUCUGGCUAAAGCGAAUUCAAGAAAAUGUUUUUCCGCUCGAACGAGACGCGUUAUUAAAUAACCAAAAAAUCUCGUCAAGAAACGCGCUUUUAACACUCAAUCCGUUUAUUGGCGACGAUCAAUUAAUCCGCGUUGGCGGGCGGUUAUCUCACGCCUCCAUUCCAUUUACAGCAAAGCACCCGGUAAUCCUUGCUUCUCAUCCAUUGAUUAAAUUAAUCAUUCGGCAUGCUCAUUUACGAUCGCUCCAUGCUGGAACGCAAUUAACUCUUGCCACCUUACGACAGGAGUUCUGGAUUCUGCGCGCUCGAACUUUAAUAAAAUCCGUCAUUCAUCAAUGCGUAGCCUGUACUCGCGAAAAAGCCGUUCAUCCCGUGCAACUCAUGGGAAAUUUACCUUCCGUACGCGUUAAUGCUCCCACUCGCGCGUUCUUGCAUUGCGGGUUGGAUUACGCCGGACCCGUGUCAAUUCGAGCAUUAUCUGGUCGCGGACGCUCUGCCACCAAGGCUUACAUCGCGCUAUUCGUUUGCAUGGCCUCCCGAGCCGUACAUCUCGAAGUCGUGGACGGUUACUCCACUUCUGCGUUUUUGGGAGCUUACGCGCGAUUCUGUACAAGACGAGGACUUCCUGAGUCGAUCUACUCCGACAAUGGUACCACGUUUGUCGGAGCCGAUCGCGAACUCGCCGCUGCAUUUCGCGCAACGCUCCGAGAUCCGAAUCUAUUAAAUCGCACUGCCUCCGAGAAAGUUUAA